ACUCCUUGUGGAUCUCGUUGACAGCGACUAGAAAUUAUAAUUUGCCAGUGCGUUCUUUGAGCUUUCAGUGAUGAACUCAGUCCAGGUUUAUUUAACGCGUCUUGUCUCGUUAUUAUCCGUUAUAUUGCCGUGAAUUAUGAAUUUCUCACCGGGUUACCUCUUUAUUCGUUUGGUCCUGUCGCUGGAUAACUUUGGAUGCAAUGGGAAUAUGAAUACGUGCGCUGUGGUCUGAAGCAGCAGCAGACUCCGAGUCGAUCUACUGUAGUAGCCUUGAUGGAAACCAUGUCGCCACAGCAGGGAACUAUCGGACAGAAUAGGUCUGGCUCUUUGACAGGGGACAGCAAGCUCUGCGCGUUGCCAGACAGUAAAAAGAAGAUGAAGACCCUGGCCCAUCGACGACAGUCUGCCCCCUCCCUGGUCAUCAGCAAAGCACUUACCAAAUCACGAAGCAUGUCCAGGGAGAACUGCCUGUCUCCGGUCAGCCCAGAGACGUGUCCCCUGGUGCAGGCGUUCCUCUCCCCAGGCAGGGUGUUCCUGGCCCACGCCCACACACAGCUGAAGACUGGCCUGCAGACGCAGGAGAGACACCUCUUCCUCUUCACUGACACACUCCUCAUCGCCAAGGCCAAGUCAUCCACACACUUUAAACUGAAGGCUCAGGUGCGAUUGUGUGAGAUGUGGACAGCAGGCUGUAUGGAGGAGGUGUGUGAGGGCAGCACCAGUCUAGACAGGAGCUUUGUCAUGGGCUGGCCUACCUUCAACUGUGUCGCCACAUUCAGUUCUGUGGAGCACAAGGAGAAGUGGCUUUUUCUCAUCAAAAGUCGAAUAAACGAAGAGAAAGAGAAGGAUGACCCCAAGACUAUUCCUCUGAAGAUAUUUGCAAAGGACAUUGGGAAUUGUGCUUAUGCAAAGACUCUAGCUGUAAGUAAUUCAGACAGCACCACUGAUGUCAUCCAAAUGGCACUAGAGCAGUUUGGCAUUUCGGGCUGUGUGAAAGACCACCAGUUGUGGGUGAGCUCCAUUAAAGAUGACUCCCCCUACCCACUCAUUGGGCACGAGUUUCCUUUCAGUAUCAAGAUGAGUCACAUUCGUGAUGGAGGAGGUGGUGGAGGGAAGGAUGCAGUUCCUUCUCCAGAGGGCCAGGGGGCGAUGCUGCUGGACCAGUGUCUCCCUCCAGACACCCAGUGCCAGUUCAUCCUCAAGUCCAGCCGUGUGGGUCCCAAACAGGCUCUGCUCUUAGAGCCAGGCCAGAAAUCCUUUAAGAGGAAGAGGCCGUUGAUUAACUGGGCCUUCUGGAGGGGUUCCAGUAGCCAGCUGGACAGUGUCCCCCUGUCCCCCACCUCUCUGUCCCCUACCCUGGGAUGCCUGUUCGGACGGUCUCUCAGUUCCAUCUGCCCUCCUGACCACACCCUGCCCAAACCUGUCAUGGACAUGCUGGUGUUUCUGUACCAGGAGGGUCCAUACACCAGGGGUAUAUUCCGUCGCUCUGCAGGAGCCAAAGCCUGCAGAGAGCUGAGAGACAGACUGGACAAUGGGACAGAGGACACACACACACUCACACACGAGUCUGUGUUUGUCACUGCUGCAGUCUUCAAGGACUUCCUGCGGAACAUUCCGGGCAGUCUGCUGUGUGUGAAUCUGUAUGAGCAGUGGGUUGCAGUGAUGGCGCAAGAGGAGGAAGAGCAGAGGAUGCAAGCCAUCCACAGGUUGGUCCAUCUUCUGCCCAGUGAGAACCUGUUGCUACUCAGACAUGUGGUUGCCAUGCUCCACUGUAUCCAAGACAACGCAGGCGACAACCAGAUGAAUGCCUUCAACCUGUCAGUGUGCAUCGCUCCCAGCAUGCUGUGGACCCUGUCCCCCUGUAGCCCAGAGGGGGAGGCAACCAAGAAGGUCUGUGAGCUUGUUCGGUUCCUGAUUGAGAACUGCAGGAAGGUCUUGGGAGAUGACGUCCCCUCUCUGUUUAGUGGAUUCCCUCAGAAGAGCGAUAGCAGCGACCAUGGAUCAGACGUGUCCUCUUUCCAGAUGAAUGACUCAUCCUAUGACAGUCUGGAGAAUGAGUUAAACGAGGACCCAGAGUCGCCCUUCCAGGAGUCCCACCCUCUGAGAGACAAGGCCAAGCCUGACAGCUGCAGCAGAGACUCUGUCAUCACCCUGAGUGACUGUGAACCCGACCCUGACCCAGAGGCUGAGGCUGAUCUCCUACAUAUUCCCCCACUUGCCAGACCCAGAAAGUUCACCCCCGCCCUACGGCAACCACGCCCACGCCAGUGCUAUGUCCAAUCACAGGGCCCUAGGAGGUUACGACGCAGCUCAGAGCCUGCCAUCGGACACACCCCCGGAGCUCUGAUCAUCCAAUCGGAUAAGCACCAUUUGGCGUCUCGUAAAGCGAGCUAUGACGCGUCGAUGGAGGGAGAGGAAGAGGAGGAGGAGGAUGAAGUGUUUCAGGGGCUUAGGGCUCUGCAGCUGAAAGAAAAAGUGAUCGCAAGUGGAGAAAGAGGAGGGGUUGGAACUCUCGGGCAGAGGAAACUGAAACACACCCCACCCUCUCCUUUACGACUGGACGCCAGCUGCUCUAGCCUGUCCUCCCCAGCAACCUCCCCCACAGGCUCCUCCCUUAGCUCCUUAGACUCCGCCUUCUCCCAAUAUUCCACAGACUAUGUCACCAGUGCCGGCUUCCUGUUGGCUGAGUCUUCCCCCCCGCUCCCCCCUUUCACCCCGCUCCCCCAAGUGCUCACCCCCCGAAGAGAGAUACAGUGGACUGGAGUGAAAGCCAUCCCCCUCAUUCCUCCCGGAUACCCUCUACCCACCACGGACUGCAUCCCAACACCUGGCUCAAGAGGAACCUCCGACUGUCACUACGGCAACCCGACAAUGGACACCUGGAGGAGGAAGUGGGGAAGGGGAAAGGGGUUAGCCUCCCAAAAGCCUCAGAGGGUAAAGGUGUAGAGGUGACCACCA